GCGGAGGAAGUAAUUAUUCCUUUGCAGUUUGUGCAGUGAAAACCAAACAGAGCCUAAAAAGCUUAAUUUGCAGAGAGCAGAGCAGAGCAGGCUUGUAGUUGCAGCAUGAAAUCGCACUCAACAUGGGGUGUUUCAAAGAACCCAGUUAAGUUCAGAAUGCCAACUGCUGAAAAUUUGGUUCCGAUUCGUCUCGACAUUGAAAUUGAUGGCCAGAGAUUCAGAGACGCUUUUACUUGGAACCCUUCUGAUCCUGAUUCAGAAGUAGUGGUGUUCGCAAAAAGAACUGUAAGAGACUUGAAGCUUCCACCCGCAUUUGUAACUCAGAUUGCUCAAUCUAUACAAUCGCAGCUGGGUGAUUUUAGAUCAUAUGAAGGGCAAGAUAUGUACACUGGUGAAAAAAUUAUUCCGAUUAAGGUUGAUCUUCGAGUGAAUCAUACCCUAAUUAAGGACCAGUUCCUGUGGGAUUUGAACAACUUUGAGAGUGAUCCUGAAGAAUUUGCAAGAACCUUUUGCAAAGAUUUGGGUAUUGAUGACCCGGAAGUCGGACCUGCAAUAGCCUUUGCAAUCAGGGAACAGCUCUAUGAGAUUGCAAUUCAGAAUGUAUCGUCUGCAAGGGAAAGUAGAAUAAGCAAAAAGGGUCGUAGAGGGUUUGAGCAUUCUCUACCCAGCAAAGCUGGUGGCACUGGAUUGGAUUUGAUGAAGUUGUAUGGUUUUAGAUCGAGUGUUAUUCGGAAGAGAAAGGAGUGGGAUGUGUAUGAGCCCAUUGUUGACAAGCUAUCGAAGGAGGAAGUGGGUAUCCUGGAAGCAAAAGAAGAGAGGAAUGCUUAAUGGACUGACAGUUAAUUGGGAGAGAAAAUUCUAAUGUUUGGAUAGAUUAUUCAAGUAAUGAUGUGGAGAAGUGAAAGCAGGCGAUCCAUCAAUAAAGUGAAAAAUCUCACCAUGAUUCUCUUAUUUCAUCACGGGGAUUCCUAUAGGUAGGAGGUGUGACAAUUAUCAAAACAUAGAAAAAUUUACAGAGUACAUCGAUCAUCAGAGUUUAAGGAUGAAGACGAAUGGUUCAGCUUUGAUAAUUACACACCCUCUGUAUGUUUCCCUUGCUGGCCUUUUCUUGUUUGGGAAUCUUGUUUCUUAGAAAAUAGCUUCUCUCUCUGUCACCACCUGAUCGGAAUUUUCAACAAGAAACAUACUUUGCGCAAGUAUGAUAUAUAUACAUAUACAAUAUAAACUACCUACUUUGCUGGUGA